GCCUCAUUACCACUUUUCAAUAUUUUCUUCAGUCUUCUCACUCUAGGGAAUUUUGAAGCGCUUAAACUCCUGAACUCAAUACUUUGAUAUCUUUCAAGAACCGUCAUAUCUCUUUCCAUCAACUGCAAUGUCUAUCGAAACUACGCAAGAAGUUAAACCUUUAGACUCUGGUACCACUAAUGGUGAUAGCGAUGCAGUAGCUCCAAUUACUGGUGCAGUCACCAAGAUUGAGGGUGUUGAUGAAGAAGACCGGCUAGGAGCUAUCAGUCAAGUGGAAUUUUAUUUAUCUGAUGCCAAUCUUCCCUUCGACAAGUUCAUGUUCUUUCAAACCAGUCCUCAUCUCGAUCCGAUCAAAGGUCCUACUUUAUCACCAGAAGCACGGGCUAAAGCUGAAGCCUAUGGACCUGGUUGUUCUCCCGUCCUUUUACAAACCAUUGCAUCUUUUAAACGCAUGAGGCCUUACUCUAGCAAGUUUCCUACUAGCAAAUUAGCUCAGAUUAUGGAAUCAGAUACAACGGUACCUAAAUUAUUUGAAGUCAUUACAGAAGAUCAUAAUGGUAAACCCACCCCGUUCAUCCGUCGAAUUCAAAAACUAGAGGAAAAGACCCGAGCCGGUGCUAGUGAUCGAUGUGUUUAUGUCAAAGGAUUUUUGAAAGACGAAGACUUAGCCAAAGAAGAACCAAGCGAUAUUCAAAUGAAAUUAGAGAAAUGGGCUUCACAGUGGGGUAAAGUGGCUGUUUUGAGAAUGAGACGUGAAGAUCCUAAGAAGAAAGGUGGUGCAAAGUCAGAUAAAGAUGUAGAAAAAGAAGAUAAACCUGAAAAGAAGAGGUGGAAGAACUCAGUCUUCAUUGAAUACAGGGACGCUGCUAAUGCCGAAAAACUCGUUGCCGCCUCGAAACAAGAGUCAGAUAAGCCUACAUUCGAAGGACGAGCUCUUACGCCGAUCAUGUUCAAAAUCGACUACGUUACGAUGAAAGCAAAAGAAAUGGGUCUACCUGCCCCCAAGCUCAGCGGUAUGCGUCAGGCUUUUGCCGGUAUCCAAGGUGGUGCCGUUGGUGGGAAUGGUACCUCUUUCAAUGCUUUCAGGGAAAUGGCUGCUAUCGCUGCCGGUGAAAAAGAAUACGUCUGCGGCCCAUUCUUAAAGUCAAGCGGAAAGGCAACUUCUCAACCUGUUACAAUGGUUCACGAGUUCGAAUAUGAAGGUAAUCAAAUUCAAGUUGAUAAGGAAGGAGUUAUGAAAGAUCCAUCUCAACUGAAGACCUUUCGAGAAAACUUGGUCUUGGGUUUUGAGCUCAAGGGUGAAAUUCCAGCUGACUUCAAGCAGGCUCGCGUCAACUUCAAAGAAGUCAAAACUAGCCUAACCGAAGGUGAUGUGGUCUGUCAAUUCUUACAAAUGACAGAGGGUAGCAAAAGUUCAGGCGCCCUCGGAUUCUUGAAUCCUAUCACUGAUGAGAUCUUGGAGAAAAUCAAAGGCAAAGGUCUUCAAGCUGGUGGUCGAGAAAUGGAAUUCCGCAGAUUGAGCUUGGACGAGCAAAGGGAAUACCAUUUACAAAGUGCAGCACAUAUCGCAAAGAGUAUGUUUGGUUCACAGGAUCGAAACGGCCGAAAUGGUAAGCAGGGUGGUGGUGAUGACCGAAACGGUCGACGAGAUGGUGGCCGGGGUGGUCGAGGUGGUGGUCGAGGCGGUCGAGGCGGUCGAGGUGGAGGAAGAGAUAAGCCUCGGGAUCGCAAUGCUGAGCGAAAAGACGCAGCUGAAGCCGAGUCUGGAGCGGCAAAAGGAAAUGGUACAGAAGCUGCUCCUGCUAAGAAGCGAGAUGUUGAAGGAAAUGUGAUCGGUGCGCCUACUACAGGAUCAGCUGAGCGAGUUUCAGUUCCUGAGAUCGGCCGAGCAGAGAAAAAGUCAAAAGUUGCAGAAUGAUGAGUGUCAUUAAUCAAAAACAAUCAUCAUUCUGAAUUUAUCAAAAGAUAAUUCUUAUUAUGUUGAAUCUUUGCAUACCUGAUCUUCCUGCUGAAAUGUAUAUUCAAAAAUUAUGGCUUCAUAUCAAUUAGACUUGUGUUUUCUUUUGUUUCUGUCUGUUUCUAUAAUGAAUUGUGCGUGGUAUCUCACUUUUGGCAAUCUAGAUCAUCUUUGUUAUGGCAAUCCAUUCGUGCUUUCAAUGAU